CAUCCAGCAUUCCGUAUUUAUAUCCUUAUAUAGUGAAAUUGAGAAUUUCUUUAGAUAUUCAAAUACGAAUACAUUUUACUUAAAUAGUAAUAUGUUUACUUUAAAUCGUCAAACUUUUUAUAAAACAUUAACCACAUCGCUUUUUCUUGUUAUAUUGUUUGCAAUAACUACAGAUGCUGAUGAGAAAAAUAUUAACAAAUUAUUAAAUAAUCAAGCAAUUGUUAGUCGACAAAUAAUGUGUGUGCUAGAAAAAAGUCCGUGUGACCAGCUCGGCAGACAGUUAAAAGCUGCACUUCCAGAAGUGAUUGUACGAAAAUGCCGUAAUUGCUCGCCUCAACAAGCCGAAAACGCUCAAAAACUUACAACAUUUUUGCAAACUAGAUAUCCUGAUGUUUGGACAAUGCUUCUUAAAAAAUAUCAAAAUGCUGAUUAGAUGCUUAAGCUAGAAUAAAUCUUCCUAUAUUACUUAUAUUUUAAUAGGAUUAUUAAGAACGAUUCGAAAAUUUAAAGCACGCUUUGUAACGUAAAGAUAUACAUAUAUAAAAAACGACAUACACGACGAACU